CCCGGGGCUGCAGCAGGAGGGCGGCGGCAAAACACCACACCACCCUCUGUGCCGGAGGCUGCCGCGUGGGCGGCCCCCCUCAGCCACGCGCGGCUGCACGGAACGAGCUGCCCCGCCACGGGAGAGGGGCGGGCGUCGGCUGCGGCUGCUGCCGCCAGGGCUGCCCUAGGAGCAGAGCCGCGGCCCAGCCGGGGGGUCCCCACCGAGCCCCCGCGCGGGGCGGGAAGCGCCCCCCAGCGGCCGGCAAGGCGGGAGGGCGGCGCGUUCGCGUUCGCCGGGGCCCAGCUCCAGGCCUGAGGGCAGUCGGCCUCCUGCCCCGGCCACCGUUCCCGCUUCGCCCCGCUAGGUGGCGUCCCGAGCUCGGUUGCCGGGCGCCAGAGCGGCCGCAGCGGGAGGCUGCCCCGUUAGCUCGGCUGUAGCUGCCGGGCGCAUCCGGGCAGCCAGGCUGGGGGAAGCGCUCGGGCGGCGCUCGCUGUGCAGCCGCCGGGCCUGGGCCGGGAGGAGCCGGGGCUGCCAUGAGCGCAGGCGGGGGCCGGGAGGAGGGAGCCGCCGCGAUGCUGCAGCUGCUCCGCGAGCAACCGGAGCCCCAGGCGGAGGAGAGCGGGGCUCAGCGCUUCGCCCUCUGCCUGCCCCCUGGGGAGGAGGAGGUAAAAGAAGUGGAAGAAACCAUAGAAGAAAUGUUAAUACGGCUGGAUGAGUUCUGUGGCAUGACUGAUGUGGCAUUUGUUAAAAUGGUUGGACGCCAUGUCUCUUUUCUAGAAGAACAAGUGCUUCAAGCCGAGGGGAACCACAACACUGUGUCUCACGCUGUUCGCAAACUACUUCAGUCUGCAGCUAUACCUUCUUUUAAAAAUGUGGGGAAACUGAGGCACGGGAAUGUGACUUGUCUACAUUCACACAGUAAUUCAGUGGCAGAGCUAAGCACACUCCCUCAGCACAGCAUACAUAUGACCUGCCUAAACUCUACAGAACUGAAGAUUAUUUUCCUACGAACUACGUAGGUACAAAGUAUCAAAGCCACUAGUAGCUGACUUCAUCUUAUAAGCAGCUUUUUGGGGAGAUGUUGCUUGAAAUUUUUUCAUGAUUCAUGCUUUGUCCUGACGAAUAAAAUCUCGAGAAUUCUGCUAAGAGCUAAAUGUAUAGCAGUGAUGGGGUAAGAGUAGCCUCUGGAUUUAUUAUAUAUACACUUAGCUCCCUUAUUUUAAGGGGAGCCUAAACGGUAUGCAUGGGGAAGAAAUGUAAAUAUAGUUCAGAAUAGAUUUGUUCAUAAUGGUUUUAAGCAUGGAGGUGUUUAUGCUAUUGCUGAAAAAAAUAUAUAAAAACUCAUUUUGUUUGCAGUGACAUUUUAGAAACCAAUUUGUUUACAUAUUUGAACAUAAGGUUGCAGAUUGCGGUGUGGAUAGCAUAUUAAAACUAUUUCAUGUUAUGUGAUUUUCCUUCCACGUUUGAUAUAAUUGUUAAUUAUAGAUAUUAACCACAGUUUUUAGGUGAUAUUUCGUAUCAAUAGCCUCCCACUGUUUUGAAUUUACAAGAUAAAUCUCAAACCUCUAAAAUCAAUGUGGUACAAUUUUGGAAAUUCAGUAAGUUACACAUGGCUGAGACUUUCAUUGAAAAUAGGAUCAGCUUCAAAAGCUGUUGUGUAAUGUAACUUGAAUGGUGUAAAUAAAUUUCUGCAAAGCUA